AAGCGAGGCAUCAAAGGGACAAAGUAACGAGACACGUUUGUUCCAUAUUGGAAAGUAACUUUUAGGCCAUCGUUUGUACACAGACUUUUUUCACGUACUCGCUUGCCUUCUAAACAGUUCAAGGAUGAAAUCUGUCAUAGUUUCUAUUUUCGCAGCUUUUAUUUCGGCAUGUCUAGCAGGAGAUGUGGCAGAACUCACAGCUUCAAACUUCGAUGCCGUAGCUCUCGAUCCAAACAAGGAUGUUUUAGUUGAAUUCUUUGCACCAUGGUGUGGUCAUUGUAAAAGACUAGCUCCAGUAUAUGAAAAAGUUGCACAGACGUUCAAAAAUGAUAAAAAUUGUGUUGUUGCAAGCGUAGAUGCAGAUGACAGUGUCAAUAGGCCCCUGUCUGAAAAAUAUGGCAUAUCUGGCUUUCCAACUAUAAAAUUCUUUCCAAAAGACAACAAAGAUGGAGAAGAGUAUAAUGGUGGAAGAGAUGAGCAAGACUUAAUUGACUUUUUAAAUAAAAAGUGCAAACUACACAGGAGAGCUGGUGGGGCAUUGAAUGAAAUGGAAGGGAGAAUAGAUAAGUUUGACGAGCUUGCCAAGAGAUUUAUGACUGAAAUAGCAAAAAGAGAUGAUAUUGUGAAAGAGGCUACUGCAGCAGUUGAUGGGGAAGCUGAUCAAAAGGCUGCACAGUAUUACGUUAGGGUGAUGCAGAAAAUACUUGAAAAAGGAGACAGUUACCCAAAGACUGAAUCCGAAAGACUGGAGCGCAUGCUUAGCGGUCAAAUGAGCAGUACCAAAGUUGAUGGAGUGUACAGAAGAAAGAAUGUUCUUGACCAGUUUGUUGUUGCAGUGAAGGAAGAGCUCUAAAACUUGCAGAUGAGAAUCUAGAAAAGAGGAAUGUGCUUCGUUGUGAUGUUGAUUUGAUGAGAAGAAUUACCAGUGGCAUUUCGAAGUUAUUUUCUAUUGAACGUGUUACCGCGAAGUUAAAUGUAUGAAUUGAUGUGUCAAAGGUCUAUUCGAAAGUAUAAGAUGUACAAUA